AUAGGGCCAACUGAAUUCAGUAUUUCCUGAGUCUCUUUUUCCUUUGCACUCAUUGUCUUCUGCAGGUGCACUUUUAUUUCCCUUUCAUCUCUUUCUGCUUUCAUUGUAUGCUCACAGUACUCACAGUAUCCUACUGUUGCCCAGUGUGAGAAACUGGCUUGUGAUUUUAAAAGAAAAACUAGCUUUUUGUUGUUUGUUUACAUUUCUUUAAUUUAUUCUGCUCAAUUCUCUCCAUAGUCCUAAAUUCUACUGUUUAUAAAACCAGACCAUUGCAGCUCCAGACUCAAAAAAGAAAUGUCAAAUUAUCUUGACCAACUGACACUUGAAGAUUAAACUGUUUGAUGUGUGGUUUCGGUGAUCCCAAGAAAGAAUAUACUUGUCAAAAAAGACGCCUUGUCAUUAACUAGGCCCAAAUUUAUAAUCGGAGUCCAGCAGCCAUUGUUUAUAGAGGCCUCUCAUGCAUAUGAGGGAACAGCCUCAGACUGAGCUGCUAGCCUCUUGCACUGAGUUUCUGCUGCAUGAGCUGUACCUUAUAAAGAAGUUCCUGGAAUCGUAUUUCAACCAAUAGGCUGAGACCUGCCCCAUCCAAUUGGAGCUGCACAGCUGUAUCUUCAUUUGCAUCUUCACUGACCAAUCAGAGCAGUUUCAUAAUAACCAAUCAGGACUUAAGAUUCCAAGCAAUUAGAACAGUACUAUUUGUACCAAUCAAGCUACACAUUUAAAUUUCUUAUUUGCAUAAAAAUGGACCAAUCUAGAACCAGGGCAAGCACAUUGUCUAUAUAAGCCAGCCUCCCCUUUGUGGAGAGGAGAGCGUGUACUUUCCAAUUUCCACUGGUUGCUGUGUUUCCUUGGUUUGUAAAAACUGUUCACCUGAAUAAAGUUUCUCUUUUUACAACACCCCAGAUGAGGCCACCUAUUGACAUUAGAUUGGUGGCACCAAUCCUUUGUUAACAGGUUGAUGGAGAAAAGGUACCACUGGCCCAAGUUGCAAUUAGAUACCAAAGCACUCAAGCAAAAUAAUGCAAAGAGGAUCCUACUGUGCACCUUUACAAAUUAUCGUGUAAGGGAGUAAGGCUCGUUUCUCAUAUGUGCGGAUGAAAUACCUUUUCUUUUCCUGGUUGGCAGUUUUUGUUGGAAGCUGGAUUGUAUAUGUGCAGUACUCCACCUAUACAGAACUAUGCAGAGGAAAGGACUGUAAGAAAAUAAUAUGUGACAAGUACAAGAAUGGAGUUAUUGAUGGGCCCGCAUGUAACAGCCUUUGUGUUACAGAAACUCUUUACUUUGGAAAAUGCUUAUCUACCAAGCCCAACAAUCAGAUGUAUUUAGGGAUUUGGGAUAAUCUACCAGGGGUUGUGAAAUGUCAAAUGGAACAAGCACUUCAUCUUGAUUUUGGAACUGAAUUGGAACCAAGAAAAGAAGUAGUGUUAUUUGAUAAACCAACUAGGGGAACUACUGUACAGAAAUUCAAAGAAAUGGUCUACAGUCUCUUUAAAGCAAAAUUGGGUGACCAGGGAAACCUCUCUGAACUGGUUAAUCUCAUCUUGACGGUGGCUGAUGGAGACAAAGACGGCCAAGUUUCCUUGGGAGAAGCGAAGUCAGCAUGGGCACUUCUUCAAUUAAAUGAAUUUCUUCUCAUGGUGAUACUUCAAGAUAAGGAACAUACCCCCAAAUUAAUGGGAUUCUGUGGUGAUCUCUAUGUAAUGGAAAGUGUUGAAUAUACCUCUCUUUAUGGAAUAAGCCUUCCAUGGGUCAUUGAACUUUUUAUUCCCUCUGGGUUCAGAAGAAGCAUGGAUCAGUUGUUCACACCAUCAUGGCCCAGAAAGGCUAAAAUAGCCAUAGGACUGCUGGAGUUUGUGGAAGAUGUUUUCCAUGGCCCCUACGGAAACUUCCUCAUGUGUGACACUAGUGCCAAAAACCUAGGAUAUAAUGAUAAGUAUGAUUUGAAAAUGGUAGACAUGAGAAAAAUUGUGCCAGAGACAAACCUGAAAGAACUUAUAAAGGAUCGUCACUGUGAGUCUGAUUUGGACUGUGUCUAUGGCACGGAUUGUCGAACUAGCUGUGAUCAGAGUACAAUGAAGUGUACUUCAGAAGUGAUACAACCAAACUUGGCAAAAGCCUGUCAGUUACUCAAAGACUACCUAUUGCGUGGUGCUCCAAGUGAAAUUCGUGAAGAAUUAGAAAAGCAACUUUAUUCUUGUAUUGCCCUCAAAGUCACAGCAAAUCAAAUGGAAAUGGAACAUUCUUUGAUACUAAAUAACCUAAAAACAUUACUGUGGAAGAAAAUUUCCUACACAAAUGACUCGUAGUUCAUUUGGACAGUGUAACCACUGUGGGAAACUUACCACUUAGAAAAGUUGGAGCACUCUAAAAAAAUGGCUUGACUGAAAUCCCUGCCGGUACAAAACUCAUUUCCCGUUCCUAAGAAGCCAUCGUCUUAAAAUACAUGUCUGUUGCUGAAUGACAGGAGGUAUAGGAUCAAUAGGUCCCCCAAAAUGUAAUUCCUGCUUUCAGAAGCCCUGGUACCAUCCCCAGUACAUUCACUGUGUAACUAUUUGACUGACUUUAAAAUAAUGCUGUGAAGCCUCAUUCCAGACAUCAACAGUGAUAUUAUUUUGUAGAUUUGUUAGCCAAAAUACCACUGCUGGAAACAUUGUUUGCAUUGAAGCUGCUGUUUGAAAUUUAUACAUAAAUUUACUAAUGUCUUAGCAUGGUAAAGUUUGCACAUUAACAGAAAUGAAGACUGCAAAGCAAAUUAAAAUUACUGAUUUAUAAAUAGAUGUUAGUAGUAUGCUUUGUUGUAUUAUAGACUUAAACCCAUUUUAACUCAGACAUCAUACUUUAUGCGGCUUCGGAGCCUCUUUUUUUUUUCGCACCCAAGGAUAUCUUUAGGGCAAGUGGAAGACAAACUUCAAUGUGUGAGAAACACAAUUGGUUGCCUCCUGCACGCACCCCGACCAGGGCCUGAAGCCUGCAACCUACGUGCAUGCCCUUGACCACAAUCAAACCUGGGACGCAACAUCUCCACAGGCCGAUGCUCUAUCCACUGAGCGAAACCAGCCAGGGCUUCAGAGGCUCUUAGACCUUCGAGUGUUUUACUUGGCAACAUGUAAUUGCCAUGAAAACGUUUGAGCUUUCCACCUUAGUUUCAAAUGGUCCAUCCUGGUAUCAGCCAGCCAACUUAAGGCCACAGACCCUAUCCAGAUCCAUUUACCUUGAAUUUGUCAUGAAGUCAUUAAGCGGACCCUGAAAUCAGAACUUUUUAAUUUGACAUUUUCAAACAGUAUUUUCUGUUGACCAAAGGGCUAUAUUUUAGAGGCACGUAAAUUUAUUCAUCAAAUAUUUUCUCAUGUAAACUAUAUAUACAAAGAUUUGCUCCUCUUUCAUGUUUAUUCAGAUCUGACCAUGUACCUUUCAGCAUCUCCACAAAAUUAAACCCUUCUAGAGAAAAGACCCAGUAUUUUCUGCUCAAAGAUUUCAUCUGAUUAAAGAAUCUUAGCUAUGUGACCUUCAUUGGACAGCUUCCUUUCAAAAAUUAAAUCCACAGAUUAGCACGUUUUGCUUAAUUUAAAAUCACAUACUUUGAAGGUACCUUUCUUCCUACUAAUCAUCUGGUUACAAUAAAUGAAAGAAGAAGUAUUUCCUAGUGGAAGGCUGGUAUGUUGCUUGUCAGACUU